AUGCAUCAUUCAACGAUUACUGAGUCAAUUCUGAACAUUUUGGAAACAAAUGAUCAGUCACUUGAUGAAAUAAGUACUAAAUUUCAUCAUGCAUAUGAUUUCAAUGAUCGUUCCGCAUUACUUUCAGCAAUAUCAAUUUUAAUUCUCGAAGGAAUCCUUGAUAGCCACCAAAAAAUUAUAGGUGUGUGGUUAAUAUUCAUGGAGUAUUCAAAAUUGCCUAUUUCUCAAAGCCCGUUUUUUGAAUUUUUUAAAAGUAUAGAUAAUCCAAUCCAAAAAGAUGACAGUAAUGCUAUCAAUCUUUCGAAGCUUAUACUCAUACAAUCCCAAAAUUUAACAAAAAUCGGUGAAAUGAAGCCCGGAGAAGCAAAAAUCAAUCUUGAUAACGACGAAAAAAAGAAAUUUGAAGAAAAAUACUCUAUUGAUAAAAUACAAGCCAUUACAGCCGUUGAGAAUAUCCUACAAAGAACUCCUGCAAUUCAUCACCCGAUUUUUCUUGAAGUUUUAUUUUUGAAAAUAAUCAAUAAGCCUGUAGAUACAAUACUCGAUAUGUUGAAAUCAGAUAAUUAUAGAGAUUUCGGUGAGCCAGGAAAGUUCACAAUCAGUGCUUUAAUCGAAGUAAGUUCUUUUCUCAAAGAUGACUUACGUUACGCAUACGCAGCUAUUCUCUCCUUCUUCAAGUUCAGCCGCGACGCAUUAAAUCAGCUCCCAGACGAAGCUUACGCCCCAAUUAUUUUCUUCCAUUACAUAAAAGAGCUUUGUGAUGAUAAUAACUCUCCAAAGUCAGGAGAAUUUGCAUUGUUCUCUCUCAAAAACUACGAUCUAUUCGAUAUUAUUGGAAAAUGGAUUGAUAUUUCUUAUAAUAAUUUUUCGAAGCAGUUUUUCACACUUAUUUCAAUUCAUUUACAAAGUCUUUUGUAUCUUGUUAUAAAGACACAAACACCGCCGGAUUAUAACUUCAUUUGUUCGAAUAUUCUUCCAUUAUUAUGCAAAGUUGCCGUAAAAGAGCGUCCGACACCAUUUACAGAGGCAACGUUUCGUGUUAUAUUACCAGGAAGAGGCAGAAGGCAAAACGAAUUCACAAAACUUUACAAAUAUUUCCAAGCAAUUUGCAAAGACUCUUCUACAGCAAAUCUCGUCAAGAGAGUAUUAAAUGACGAUUUGAAAAAGUCCCACGUGUCAACAAGUAAUGUUUAUCGUAGAAAAUGUCUUCCAUAUACAGAAUUUUCUGAUUUUCUCUCUUUAAUCACUCCAUCGUUAAUCAGUUCGAGCAACAUUACAGAAAACAGUCUUGAAUACUGUGCUUUUGUCCUUUUCCACAAACUUAUUAAAUAUUCUGAGUCAACAACCGUGAAAGAGUCAUUAAUUCGACUUGUUACUAACAGAUUCUAUACAGACCAUACUAAUUCUGCACAAAACAUCUUCCCUUACGUUGUAGAAUUUCUUUCUUCUCCAAAAUUAGCUCCAUACGCUGCCAAAAUCAUCAGCAACACAAUAGAACUCGCACCUGUUGACUCCAUCAACUAUAUCAAUACGAAACUACACUCGAAUUACUCAAAUUUCGAACAAAUUGUUCAGAGCACGAACAGCGACGAUAGCGUCAUUGCCGCCUUCAUAACAGUGGCCAGGAACAUGAACAGCUUGUAUUUCAAGUACAAAAGCCCUGUAAAAGAGAUUCCAAGUUUUACGAAUUUUAUUUUGAAAGAUACGUUCCAUAUGAUCGUCCAUCAUAAGUUCCAAUCGAAGUACAACAAGUGGAAGAUCCUCAAAUCCCUUGUAGAUGCUUGCAAAGACUUAUUAGAUACUGAUGAUUCUUUUUGUGACAUGAUUCAUCAGUCAGAGACCUUCUCAUCCGCAUUGUUAUCCCUUAUAACAGUAUCCGCUGCAGCCAUUAACCCCAACGAUCAGCAGAACCAGACAGAUCAAGUUUAUGUCGACAGAGUUGACGUAAACUACCCACUUGAAUGCGAGAUAUCAACUCUUAAGUUCCUCAAGAUCGUUUUGUCCAGAUAUCUUGAGAAAAACAAGGAACUUUCUCCUUUAUGCAAAUUAUUCUUCAACACGAAGAGCGACGUCAGCGGAAUCUUCUCUACAUUGAUCGGUUUCUUGGCCGUGCAGCUUCCUGGAGGAAGUUCUGAAGAAUUGGCCGGAAUUUCCCUUUCAAUUAUCGAAAUUCUUUGCAAGAUCGCCGCAAUGAUGAAGGAUGUCUCCGUAGAUGCUUAUUACCCUGAAGAAAAACAGAAAAUUUUGAACCAAAUCGCAAAAGGAAAUUUGAUCGACGAUUCAAGUGGAAAUCAUUAUAUUUCGAUGCUUGACUUCAUAGCCAACACACUGAUGACGCAGCCGGCCUUCGCGUUCUCUUUUGUCCAACACACGGCGAAAUCAAUUUUCCAAUCAAUGAUUAAAGCCAAGAAAAUCGAAAAAUUCGAAGAUUCAAGGCUUCUUCUUAGUCUAUCAAGACUUAUCGCCAACAUGUAUAGGAAAUUGUCCGCAAAUUCAAAGACAUUAAAGGAAAUUGCGGGAAGUGACACAAAAUCUGACUUCUGGAGCCAGGCAAAGAAGAUUAUUAAGCUUGAUGACCAGAAUCCUGAUCCAAAUAUCAUUUUGGCCCAAUCUUUCUUGAUGCAAGCUCAUUUAUGUUAUCUUUGCUCCCACGUCGGCCAAGCGAAGGCAGAAAUCGACGAUAUAGGAGUCACAAACAUGAUCCGUUCUGUUGUUAAUAAGUUAUCUCUUACAAAAAUUGAGAUAUCCGAAGAAUUAAAGCUCGAAAUCGACUUAUCUAAGUUCCAUAAGGACAGGCAUGAGUACGGCGAUGAUUAUUACGUUGAUAUCGACUUACUUAAAUUUUAUUAUGAAGAUAUCGACCAAAAAUUUGUUGAAGAACUCAAGAAAUUUAACAAAGACUUGUCGGUAAUUGAUGCAACAACACAAUAUAUAUCGACGAUCAUCGAUUAUAUUAAGCUUUAUGCCUUAAUUGACCCAGAUUCUCCGAAAUUCAAUGAAGAUGGAAAGAGUUACGACCAUAAGGAGUUGAUUGAGUUAGUUAAGAAUGUAAUGAAUAACAAUCUCCCAGAAAGUUUGAUUACAACUGUUUCUAAACUCGGAUUACUUUUAAUUACAAACUUUACGGGCGGUUUCUGGGAUUUCGUUAAUACAGACUAUCUCAAAUCAUUCAACAGGUACCUCAAGAAACAUAAAACUCCAGCAGUUUUAGAGUUAUUGAACGCAAGCCUUGGAAUUUCAGAAAAUAGAGUUUAUAGUCAAGCUGAUUUAAGGGCAGACCAUUCUGACUCUGACUAUCCUAAUUUGAAGUUCCACCAGCUUGAAAAACUCUUUGAUAAAUGUGUUCAAAUUUUAAUAAGCGACAAACUUGAAAUUGCAGCUGAUUGCCUCAUAAACCUUGCAAUUAAACUCAACUGCUUCCAGCAAUUCCUUCAAAAUCCAGAGAGAAUUGCAUUAUUAACUCAUGCUUGCCAUUUAUUAAUUUCUGAUGACGUAAUUGGCUCCAAAUUGGUUAUUGCACUUUCCGUAUUGUGUAAUGAAGCCAACAGAGCCAAUGAUCUUGCAAAUUCUGGUAUUUUAGACUCAAUUUUGGAAAUUAAACUUCCAAAGAAUUCUCUUGUCUGGCCACCAUUAUUCAAACUCAUAAGUGGACUUCCAAUAGCUCACGAUUAUGCAGCAAACUUCGCUAAAUCCUAUCUUCCAAUUAUUAAUUUCUUCUUGAGCGAAACAACGACAUCGUAUCAGAUCCAGAACUACUUAACAACACUUCUCUUCAACAUGCAUGGCCAUUUUAACGAGCUAAGCCAUGAAAAUCCUUAUGCUUUCAACGGAUUGAUGCAAUUAGUGUUUAUUAGAAUGAAAAAGGCACUUGCUGAUAUCAGAGAUGUUACCAUGAGUAAGGAAGAGAAGUAUUCCCAGUGGAAAACCUUGUUAAACUGCUUAAUGAUCUUCAAUGCUCAAUUUGACUUCCCAGAAACAGAAAUUCCUGGAUUUUCUGAUAAUGCGGAGAAUAAGAACCAGAGUUUUGAGAUUGUUAAGAGAAUCUUGGACCAUUUCGGAAAAAUCCUCCAAGAUAACAAGUUUAACAUUGAUUUACUUCCUCUUUUCUUGAUGAUAUACGAGACAUCAACAAGUUUGUUCAUUGGUUUGAUCAUGAUGACGAAUAAUCUGAAUGAAUCUACAAAUGAAGACGCAAUUUCGUCAUUCAAGGCCAUGACAGAACUUGUUACAAAGAAUGUUAAGGUAUUGAUGCAGAAUGUUAUUGAUGAAUCGGAGAAACAAAGAAUUGGUCAUGCAAUCACUUUUUUAGAAGUUGCUGCUACGUUUGAUCCAUCUCGUAAUGAAUUAUCCAAAUAA